AUUUUCUGGAGUAGAGCUCGUGGACGCCUUAAUUUGAGGAUUUUUUAUUUUGGUAUUUAAACUCCGGUACUUUUAACAGCAGAGAUUCUCUCCAAAUCGCUGUGAAUUCUGUGUUAACUCGGUGACGCGGAUCUGAGUUCCUUUUCUUUUGCUUCUGUAGAGGAAUUGUACAGUUUGGAAAGCUUUCAUUCAUCACUUAGAAAUUUUGUUGUAAAUAACUUGGCAUGGGAGUUGUGACUGUUUCUAGCUCAGCUUCUCGAACCCCAUUUGGAUUGAACGCAAAAUUUUCAAAUCAUCAAACCCCUUCGAGGAGGCCCCUAGUUUUGGCAUUCAAAGCAGAUAAAGCCAAGAACAUAGCUCUGGUUACUCCCCAUGAGCCAAUCCCUUUACCUAUAGAGACUUCUAAAGAUCAUAAGAAGAGACUUGGUAGGGCUUCCAAGCCUUCAAAGAGAGUAAAAGCGGUCAGUACAGAUGAAGUAUCGCCAUGUAGUGUAGAAUUGGAUUACAAUGAAGCUGCUGCCAAACUUGAAAAUAUAUACAAGCUUAGCCCUGCAACUGAUGUUUCAGAGGCAGAAGAUUUAGAACGUGUCGUUAGGAGAGGGCGACAGAGGAGGAAGAGAGUUACUUUGGCUGAUGACAAGGCAGAGAAGGAAAUUAGUGAUAAUGUAGUGAGGAUCCAUAAUAAGAAACCGAAACGAUUGAGUCUUGAGAAGAGGAUUGCUUUGAGUAAGAUGAAGCAAGAAAAAGUGGUUGCUUCAAUUCAAAAGAAAAGGGACAGUAAAAAUGAAGAUGAAAAUAUUGAUAUGCUUGUUAGGGAGUACUCAGCUUCUACUGACUUGGUCAGCUUGGACUGGAAGAAAAUGAAGAUACCACCCGUGCUUCCUUCCUCAGAGCAUGCAUGGCUAUUCAAGCUAAUGCAGCCCAUGAAGGGACUCCUUGAAGUGAAAGAAAACUUACAAAAGGAUUUGGGGAGAGAACCAACUGAUGGGGAAUUAGCAGAGGCCAUGAGUAUGAGUGCAGUUCAAGUAAGAAGACACAUGGAAGUUGGUCAAGCAGCAAGAAACAAGCUGAUUAAGCACAAUCUUCGACUGGUUUUGUUUGUAAUCAACAAGUACUUUCAAGAGUUUGCCAAUGGCCCAAAGUUUCAAGACCUGUGUCAAGCAGGAGUGAAGGGCCUUAUCACAGCCAUCGAUCGCUUUGAACCAAAAAGGAGUUUCCGGCUCUCAACCUAUGGUCUGUUUUGGAUUAGGCAUGCCAUCAUGCGCUCCAUGACACUCUCAAGCUUUACACGCGUCUCCUUUGGCCUUGAGUCGGUUAGGGUAGAAAUCCAAAGAGCAAAACUAGAGUUGUUGUUCAAGCUCCAAAGAUUACCAACAGUGGAAGAGAUAAUAGAAAAGGUCGGAAUCUCCCCUGAGAGGUACCAUGAAGUGAUGAGGGCCUCAAAAUCCGUUCUCUCUCUCCAUGCAAGGCAUGCAACCACACAAGAAGAGUACAUCAAUGGAAUUACAGAUGUUGAAGGUGUUGGGGGUGAUAGGGGGCGGCAACUUGCUCUUCUCAGACUUGCUCUUGAUGAUGUGCUCGAUUCUCUGAAGCCAAAGGAGAGCUUGGUGAUGAGACAGAGAUAUGGUCUUGAUGGUAAGGGUGAUCGGACACUGGGGGAGAUUGCAGGAAACCUAAGCAUCUCAAGAGAAAUGGUUCGAAAGCAUGAGGUGAAGGCUCUCAUGAAGCUCAAGCAUCCGGCACGAGUGGAUUAUCUUCGCCAAUACAUAUUCUAAAAUAAUCGAACUUCAUCUGCCUUGCUUAUCAAUACGUCUUCAUAUACUCCUCUGCUUCCUCCCAAUCAUCUCUAUUCAUCAGCCAUGGUUGUAUACUAAUUGAUCUGCACCAUAGUCUUUUAACUACCAGAAUAUACAAGUUUCAUAAAUUCAUACAGUGUAAUCUUUAUUUGGAGACUCAGAGAUUGCAAAUCUCCAAGUAUAUAUCACAUCUUAAAUCUUAUUUUCUCAGUAUUAAGGA